AUGGCGUCCAAAAUCUUCAACGUCGGAGUCAUCGGCUACGGCCUUAGUGCUAAAAUCUAUCAAAUUCCAUUUAUCAGUGCAGUCAAAAGUCUCAAGCUCUAUGCUGUUGUCCAACGGACACCAAAACCGGAUAAUAAUGCAGAAUUAGGUUUUCAUGGGAUCAAAAGCUUCCGCAGCACGGAGUUAAAUGACUCUCAUCUCGAGCUGGCGAAGCUGGCUCUGAAUGCGGGAAAGCAUGUGAACUGUUCUCGAAAUAACAUGUGGAACCAAUCAGUCGUGGUCGAAAAGCCAUUCACGCCAACGUACCAAGAAGCCCAGAAACUCAUAGAUCUCGCCAAGAAACAGAGCCGAUUGCUCACUGUGUAUCAGAGCCGACGAUGGGAUGCGGACUACCUCACACUUUCUAAGCUCAUCAAAGAUGGCUCCCUCGGCAGAAUAGUAGAUUAUGAGACACGAUUCGAGCGCCAUGUACCUGACAUUCCAGGAUCCAGAUGGAGAACUGAAUCGAUACCUGGUGGCGGGGCCAUCUAUGAUUUGGUUAUUCGGCCUGCCAAGCGGAUCACCGCGUUCCUCGGCAACCAAAGAGAGGGAAUCGAUGGCAGCGAUGAUUCGUUUACUGUGCUAAUGCACUACGAUGAAUUCAUGGCUACGGCUAAAGCAGCUGGCAUAAGAACGUUCAAGAAGGUUAGUGAUAGUGCACUCAUAAUUUACGAACAAGAGCUACUCCUAGGCUUAUCCCAGUUCUACUUCGAUAUGCAAGAAGAACAGCUGAAAUCGGGCAUACGUCCUAGAGACGAUAGCUAUAGAAUCGAGCCGAGUGAGCGAUAUGGUAAGUAA